GCGUUACGCAACGCCUGUACUACAAACAACCCGAAAGAAUCUUCGGCCACUUCCCAACCUUCCAACGAAAAGAGGGAAACGAAACCAUUAUAAAAACACAACAAAAGUCUCUCUCUGUCUCUCACUCUAAAAAAAAAAAAAAAAAAAAAAAAAGCUCUCUCUCUCUAUCUAAAAGCAUAGUUUGUAUACAAUUUUAUUGCGUAGAGAGAUAGAGCACCAACCGUUUGUUUUUGUUCUCCACUUGUGCCUCACUGAACCGGCACGCGAGCAUCGAAGUCAGUGAACGUCAACUACUCACUCUCUCUGCUCUGCUCUUCUCUUCGGACGGACUCAUCUCUUCCAGAUCGGAACGUUCAAAAGUUGCAUCAAAUUCAGGCUCUGUGAGGAUGUUGGAGAAGAUGGACAAGUUUGACGCUGAAGAAUUCAUAGAAGAGUUCGAGAUUCUGACCAAAGAUGUGGAGAGAGUUCAGAGAGAGACGCUACAGAAAAUUUUGGAAGAAAAUGGCUGCACAGAGUACUUACAGAAAUGGGGUCUUAAUGGAAGAACAGACCCGGAGAGUUUCAAGGCAUGCAUACCCCUCGUUUCUCACAAGGAUUUGGAGCCUUAUAUUCAAAGGAUCGCCGACGGUGAUAGUUCGGCUGCUAUUCUCACCGGAAAACCCAUAACAACCAUCUCAUUGAGUUCUGGUACUACUCAGGGCAAACCCAAGUUUGUACCUUUCAAUGAUGAAUUGUUGGAUUCCACCAUGCAGAUAUUUAAGACGUCCUUUGCUUUUAGAAACAGAGAAUUUCCCAUAGGGAAUGGUAAGGCAUUACAGUUUAUCUACAGCAGCAAGCAGUUCAAAACAAAAGGAGGUCUUGCAGCUGGGACUGCUACUACCAAUGUGUACCGUAGCUCGCACUUCAAGAACACAAUGAAGGCAAUGCAAUCCCCUUGUUGUAGCCCGGACGAAGUCAUAUUUGGACCUGACUUCCACCAAUCCUUAUACUGCCAUCUUCUCUGUGGACUUAUCUAUUGGGAUCAAAUCCAAGUUGUGUCCUCUACAUUUGCCCACAGCAUUGUCCAUGCCUUCCGAACCUUUGAGCAAAUCUGGGAAGAACUCUGUACCGACAUCCGAGAUGGGGUCCUUAGCAGCCGAGUUACUGUUCCAUCCAUUCGUGCUGCCAUGUCGAAACUGCUCGAGCCAAACCCCGAAUUGGCUGAUAUGAUUUAUGAAAAAUGUGUGGGAUUAAGUUACUGGUAUGGGUUAAUAUCUGAGCUAUUUCCCAAUGUCAAAUACAUAUAUGGGAUCAUGACCGGAUCAAUGGAACCUUAUUCGAGAAAAUUGAGGCACUAUGCAGGGGAAGUUCCUCUGGUAUGUGCAGAUUACGGUUCUUCUGAAGGAUGGAUUGGCGCAAAUGUCAAUCCAAAAUUGCCACCUGAGUUUGCCACUUUUGCCGUACUUCCUAAUAUUGGGUAUUUUGAAUUUAUCCCUCUGAGAGAGUACGUUGAUGGUCAGGAGCAAGGUAAAAUUGACUCCACUUUCCUCUCUAUGGAGCUCAAGCCAGUGGGUCUGAGUGAAGUCAGUGUUGGCAAAGAGUAUGAGAUCAUCGUUACCAAUUUCGCAGGUUUGUACCGGUAUAGAUUAGGAGAUGUGGUUAAAGUUGUGGGCUUCCACAACUCGACCCCGGAAUUGCAAUUUGUUUGUAGGAGAGGUCUUCUGCUCAGCAUCAACAUUGACAAGAACACAGAGAGAGAUUUACAGCUAGCUGUGGAAGCAGCAGGCAAGCUGUUGUGGGAAGAGAAACUAGAAGUUGUCGACUUCACAAGCAGUGUUGAUGUAUCAACAGAACCUGGCCAUUAUGUUGUGUUUUGGGAAGUAAGUGGCGAAGUGAAGGAGGAGAUUUUGAAGGAGUGUUGCAACUGUCUGGAUCGAUCAUUUGUCGAUGCAGGGUACGUGGGCUCCCGGAAGGUCAAUGCCAUUGGGGCGCUCGAGCUCCGACUGGUUAGAAAGGGAACUUUUCAUAAGGUUUUAGAUCAUUAUGUGGGAUUAGGAAGUGCUGUUAGUCAGUUCAAAACACCGCGAUGUGUAGGGCCAAAUAAUAGCACAGUGUUGCAGAUACUAUGUAACAAUGUUGUUAAGAGUUACUUCAGUACUGCUUUUGGUUGAAUUUGUGAGAAACACAGAGUUUGAUAAUUUCCCUAGUAAUUUAAUAUCUUUAGGUUGUUUUGAGCAAUUGAUUCCCAAAAAUACUUUAGAUGCAUGUACAAAAAUCGAUAGUUUCUUUCUGUUCCCUGUUUAUUAUCCUUUUGAGGCAUUGAUUCCCUGUAAUACUAUAUAUGGUACAAAAAUUGGUAGUUUCUUUUUCCUGUUUA